UUCCACGUUACUACUUUCCAACAGAGAAGCAGACUCUCUCUAGCCAUGGCAAGAACCAAGCAGACCGCCCGUAAAUCCACCGGAGGAAAGGCUCCCAGGAAGCAGCUGGCCACCAAGGCUGCUCGUAAGAGCGCCCCGGCCACCGGCGGCGUGAAGAAGCCCCAUCGUUACAGGCCCGGUACCGUGGCUCUGAGGGAGAUCCGCCGCUACCAGAAGUCCACCGAGCUGCUGAUCCGCAAGCUGCCCUUCCAGCGCCUGGUGAGGGAGAUCGCUCAGGACUUCAAGACCGACCUGCGCUUCCAGAGCUCCGCCGUCAUGGCUCUGCAGGAGUCCAGCGAGGCCUACCUGGUCGGCCUGUUCGAGGACACCAACCUGUGCGCCAUCCACGCCAAGAGGGUCACCAUCAUGCCCAAGGACAUCCAGCUGGCCCGCCGCAUCCGCGGAGAGAGGGCUUAGACUGACCAGAACAC